AUGCAUGCUCGAAACAUUAUACACAGAGACUUGAAGCCGGAAAAUGUACUGCUUGACGAGGAGUUCCACAUCAUGAUAGCGGACUUUGGUUCGUCGCGUAUAGAUGUCAAGAAACAGGAUAUCCCUAGCCUUGAAGAGCCGGAUGAAGAUGAUUCCGAUUCCGAUGACCAGCCCGGACGGACUCGGCAGAAACGUGGCAGCUUCGUGGGCACAGCACAGUACGUUUCGCCGGAGAUUCUCAGAGGGAAAGCUUCAACCGAAUCGUCUGAUCUGUGGUCAUUUGGAUGCAUCCUGUAUCAGCUGGUCGCCGGGUAUACACCCUUCCAAGGGCCGAACGAUUAUCUGAUUUUCCAGAAAAUAAACAAUCUAGAGCUAGAAUUUCCGAGCGACUUCGACAAAGACGCUGAAGAUUUGAUCCGUAAGAUUCUCGUGCUGGAACCUCGGGGAAGAUUGGGUGCCAAGGAUGAGUCGCCUUACGAUAGCAUACGGGAGCACACACUUCUGGCCGGGAUAGAUUUUUCCACAAUGAGGGCAACGAGUGCACCAGUUUGUAAACAUGAUUCAACUGGCGACGUGGAACAGUUUCCGGAAAGCGCUGAACCUGGUUUAAACGACGCAGAAAUUACAAGAAUGCUUCGCCAGGAUUGGCUCAAAAUGGGAUCUCCUUCUACCAGUUCUUCAUCGGCGGAUCCCCGUAAGUAA